AUGGACAACGCUGACUUGGAAAAGCUCUCCAUUUCUCCGGGAAAACUAACGCCGAAAUUCCAUCAUAACACGACUGAAUAUGCAGUUACUCUUGGAAGUGAUGUUGGUCAGAUCAAAGUCGAUCCACUUACAAGUGAUUCCGGCGCAUCGUACUCCAUUUCGGUGAGGAUUAUUGUUCGCGCCAAAGAAUUAUUGUUCGUGCAUGAAAGCUCGAUAUUAAUAGGCAUCUUGCAAUCUAUUUUUGUGUUUACAGGGAAGUGGUGGUGGAAAGACGGUACCUCUCAAAGAAGGAGAAGUUACUCCCGUUAAAAUAGAAGUAACUGCAGAAGAUGGAAGCACAAUCAAAAAUUAUUUCAUUCACGUUACGCGGUUGUCUGCAAGUGAUGCGUCUCUCUCCGAACUCAAACUUUCCGUUGGCCUUCUUUCUCCAAAUUUUGCUUCCAACAUCACAAAUUAUUCUGCUUUUGUUCCGUUUUCUUGCUCUUCUGUUGAGGUAACUCCCGCCGUAGCUGAUAAGAAAACUGCAGUUAAAGUUAAUGGAACAGAAUCGAAAAAACCAACAGCUUUGAAAUAUGGCGACACAGUUGUUGAAGUUGAGGUAACCUCACCGGACGUCAGCAAUAAGAAAACGUACGUGGUGGUGAUCUCAAGAUUGAGGCUCCCAAGACCGAUUACAUUUUCAGACGAGAGGCAAAAACUGAGGUUUCAGUGUCCCGUUUGUCUGGGAAUUCUUUAUCGUCCAAAGUCCAUUAAAGGUAGUGACCCCAAGCAUGUCUUCUGUAAGCGCUGCAUCGAUGAAUUGACUCGAACCUCAAAGGUAGACCCGUUAGACGGCUCUCCUUUGGCUGAUGUAUGGCGUAUGGAUGAAUUUGAGCUAGACAAGGAGUUAUCUUCCCAACAGGUGUUCUGUGUUUACAAGCACUGGGGUUGUAAUGCGGAAGUCGAGCUUUGUGAUCUGGGGUCUCACCUGCAGAAGUGUGAUUUUAGACCUGUCGAAGUGGAGAAAUCUGGCGAGCUCGUCCCAGCUAAGGAUUUAGAGGAAAAGUCAAAGGUAAGAUUGUUUAAGAACUGGAUGUUUACCAAAGCAGGAGAGAGCUGUAAACAUAAGUUUUUGUUGUUCUUGUGGUUGAUUCGUACCAAAUUAUCCAUCUUUUGUUAGUGUUUAGUGCAAUUACCAAUUCCUGUAAUCACUGUUGGACUAAGAUCUGUUAUUUGACCUGUUAUUAUCAGCGGUAACUAAGAUGGCACAUGAAUCGUGAAAUUAAAUAAAUAAUCACUGUCUUCAUGAAAAUACAAACAAAAAAACUCAAAAAACAAAAACAGCCUCCAUCUGGUUACUUAAGAAUUCCAAACAACACCAUGGCAGUUGACACAUACAGUGUACUGUCCAAUAACUUCAACAACUGAUCUGCUCUCUUGUACCACUCUGUCUAAUUGCUGUACAACCAUGUUUCAUCUGUCUUAUUGGGGCCAGUUUUCAUUAGUGAUGAAGGAUGAAGGCAGAAUAAGAGGAUUGUCUAUCUCAUGAAAAUGAAAACUAAUUUUUUUUAAGCAGGGUUACAUCAUAAGCUCAAUGGAACUGUAGACAGAAAAGUCAGAACAUUUGAAUUUUGUUCACGACUCAAUCCAACACUUAUGAUUUAGUAACAGUUAAGUACUCACAUCAUUGUUGCAAUAGUGAAUCUUAAAUUCAAGGUAAAUAGACUGGGAUAAAGAACAAGGUCUGAACAAGAGAAAAAGAAAGAGAGAAGAUGAGAGAAAAUUGUGAAAUUGAAAUAUUUCAAAGAACACUGAUAUGCCUCCACAUUUCUUGCACAUGUAGGAGGCUUCUAAAGGUUGCCCUGACUGUAACCGACCAGUGCGUAGUUCCGAGCUGGAGGAACACAAGACUUACAUGUGUACUAGUAAACAUACCAACACAGGUGUGAAGCACAAGUCUGAAAUUAGAACAUGGGAGAAGAAGCUUCAGAUGGAAACAAGUGAAAAAUCUGCAGAUAAGUUGGUUAAAACUGCUGAAGAACAAAUUAAAGAAUGCUUCAAGGUUUUACCAAGGCAUGGUGAGUACAUCUUAUUGAAGCAAGUUGCCUCUUCUGCCAAAAUUGGUGCAAUGCUUAAAUUCUAAUAAUUAGACAAAGUGCACAUACAUUAAUGAUGAACAUUUGCAGUGUAACCUUUUCAAACUUACUGAAUUGCAAUCCCAAUGAUUCUGUCAAAAUCAAGCCCUAUGUUUGCAGCAAUCAAGUGUACUAUUAAUAUUUGUCAAAUACUGUGCAUGUAAUCAAACUUCACUGGAAACUCUUCAGGCUCUACAAGCUACUUCAAUGGUAUAAAACCCUGAAACUUGAGGAAAAUCCUGCCAAUAUUUUUUGACUGGGUUACUUUUGAAUGAUAGUAGAUUUUAAAGUAAUUUAAUCCAAUGACAAUAAAAAAAAUUAUCGCAGCUUGGCUCUUCAAUAGUGUGCUGUUAUUGCUAAUUAAAAAGGUUCAUUGGAUUCUUAAAAAGUGAUCAAUGAAGAUAGAAUCAGUAUGUUGGUAUAAGCAUUCAAUUUUUCGGUGAGGAACUUGUGUCAAUAAACAAUUUUUUUAUCAACUGAAUCAUUCCUUAACCCUUUAACUCCCAAGAUCUGAUUGUCAAUUCUCCCCUCUAGCUGCAACACAUUUCCUUGUAAAUAAGUAACAAGAAUUUUGUGUUAGAUCAAGAUAAAAACUUCUACCUGAUAAGUUUGAGUAUUCUCAUGACCUGUUUGCUAGAUAAUGUCUAGAUAUUACAGGGAGAAGUUACAUGUUAAUCACUCUUGGGAGUUAAAGGAUUAAGUAUGAUCUUAAUUUCUGAGCUAAGCAUUUGUGUAUGUUUUCAACGUACCUUUUCCUUGUUACAGUCAUAGAGAAUACCAAACCUCUGAAAACAGCUGUCUCUACACAGUUGUUGAGCUUUUUUGUUUCAGUGCAACACAUAUCAUUACUUUGGAUUCUUACAAUGACUUAAACAUCCCUUUAACUGGUGACAGUUACUUAUGCUCUAGAGUGGUUAGUGUUAAAAGGUAUAACUUUAAAUCAUUGGAUUUGUGGUACAAUUUUAAGGAAAUGCAGGUCAUUAUGAUGGAGAAAUUUCUCCAUUGAGGUAUCUUGAGAAGGCAGCAGAGUGGUUUGCAACAGCCAUCAAGUUAUCACCUAAAAAGGCAGAUCUUCAUUUUCAAUUGGGGCAGGUAUUAGAGGAAGAACAUUAUGUACAGGAUGUUUAUGGCAUCAAACCUCAAGUAAGUUAAUGCCUUUGUUACAACUUAAUGUGGUUCAUUCUGUCAGACCAUAUUCUUGUCUUCAAUUUAUGACAACACAAGGACUUGGCAGGUUCCCUUGCAGUUCUAGCAGUUCAUUAGUAUUGUCUUUGGAAGCUACUGUACAAUAUUACUUUCAAUUUAAGCAUGAUGAAAAUUUUUCUUUCUGUUGAGUUAAACUUACUGAGAUGCUUUUAUUUAUCAUAUCAUUACAAGUAAGCCACAAGUCAAUCUCUCCUUUUACAAAGUUAACAUUUUUGAUCCAAAGGACAUUCAUGAUUAUGAAAUUAAAGUUUUUCCCUUUCCAAGUGUCUAUAAGAUAUCAGAUAAUUCUUUACUACUCCCCAAGUUCUUUGGCCAAAUUUUAAUUGCCCUAGCUGUCUAAUGAAACCACUGUUCUUCAAGUCACUAUAUUAAGAACCCUAAUUAUCAAUUACCUUUAACUUUUUAACUCUCAUGAGUGACAAACACAGAAUUUCUCCUUACAAUAUCAAUACAAUAUCAAGCAGGCAGGUGAUGAGAAUAGAGGAAAAUAUCAGUUUGGGAAUAAUUAGUUGAUCUGAUACUAAAUUCUCUGAACUAACAUCAUAAAAAACUGUAUGGUUGACAGAAAGGAGAAGUACAAAUUUGAUCUGGGAGUUAAAGUGUUAAAAAACUAUGACUACUUUUAGAGCUGAUAGUAAGUACAGUUUAUUAUAACUACAUGAUCAGUAUCAAAUUACCAAUGAGUUGCUUCUCUUGUUCAAGAAAUCUUCUGAUGAUGAUGAUGAGAUGGAUUUCAACAUGAAAUCCAAGGAGAGCUCAAAGGAGGAUGAUAUUCAAGCCAUCUGUGAGAUGCGUGGAGCAGGACAGAAUGCUCCCCUUGCCCUCCAGUUGAAGGCCAUUGAUGAAGAGUAUCACUACCUGCUGGAUCAAGGACAGUCUGACAGGGCAGACUAUGUUCAGAAGUUGUACGCAUGGAAAUCAAAACAGGCUACACAGGUGAGGGAAUCUUGAACUAGAGAUGUAGGUCAGACCUCUGUUAAUAGUGGACUAAUGCCUUGUCCAUCUUAUGUAUUACCCACAGCAGUUUGUCAAGGAACAAUAACAUUUUCACUCCUGAAGCAUCUAUAAUGAUGCAAAGUAGAUAUUUUGUGUAAUGUAUUUUCAUGAGUACUUUUCCUUUUUCCAAAUAGUCCUACCUUUCUAAAAGUUGGUGAAUUAAAUUUUUGCUACUUCAAUUGAAAAAUACUAACUACACCAUUCCUGUCUGAUUGCCAAAUGUGAAUAGGAGAUGAAUGUGCAUAGUUGUGGAUUCCUACUUUGGUUCAGUGCUACCCAUUCUCCAAACUUUACAUUGUUUGUUUUUGUAAUGCAAUCAGUACCACCCCCAACAAGUUGCAGAGAAAAGGUAUUUGUCGAUUAUUCAAGUGUGAACAUUGGUAAAUUUAUGUGGGAUCCUGUCUACAGAACAAAACAGCUCAGCUGGCAAGCAAUGAAGAGGAAUCCCUUGGCAAAGCCUACCUAAAAUACUUAGAUGCCCUGGUAAAUGGAGCUGAUAAUCACUUGUACAACUUGCAUGUUGGCAGAAUGCUUCUGCUUCAAAGCAAACCAGAAGAAGCUGUGUCUCGUCUUCAAGUGGCUGUGGGAUUAAAGCCCACCAAUCUUGAGGCAAGGUCAGUGUGAAAAACAGAAGGAUGUAGGACGCAUGUCAUAUAUGAACUUCAUAACAGGCCUCGCUCACCAUAGAGUCUCUGUGGCUCAGUGGUAGAGCAUUGGAGUGCAGAAUCCGGAGGUCUGAGGCUGAGUUCCUUAUGGGGACUCAGAAAAAAUGUCUUUGUCUAUUUCCUGACUGAGCUUAAAACUUGCCAUCUGUCUUAUUCCAUUGACAAAGGUCAAUGUAGUGUGUGAUAUGUUUUGUGAUUUUUGUGUGUUGUCCUUGGCAGAUUUUACCUUGGCUUGGCUUUGAGCCAACAAAAAGAUGGUCCUGGCAAAAGGAAAGAUGAAGCUGUUAAAUAUCUGUCAGAAGGGAUUGAACAUAUGCUCAACCAAAUGACCCUUGAUGCAAAUGACCCAGGCAAGGAAAAUGAAAGAUGGCAACAAAUAAACCUGUCGUCCAACAACUUGGCGAGACCUGAUAACAUACAGUGGCUGCAGGGAUGUGGUCUCCUUAGCAAUGUGUGCAAGCAAAUGACAAAACCACCAUCAGGUGUUAUGUCCAGAGUGAACGUCCUUCAUGCUGCUGCCAUGCUUGCAUCUUACGUUUUGUCACACCUUGUAGCCAGAGGUGACACCUAUCAUCAAGCUGAGUGGGUGUUAUACGAGACUCAUUUUGCUCUCCUUCAGAUGAAGCUGGAUGAUGCCAAGGCCGUAGGGAAUCAAAAGAGUGGCGAGAUUUCUUCUUUUUGCGAGAAUUUGUCUGCUUUACUAAACUGCUCGGUCAUUCCACCUGGAAAGCAAGUUCUUGAACUGAAAGAAAAGGUGAGAAUAGUAGAGUCCUCUCGUGACUCUCUGUUUAAUCAAACGUGUCCAAUUGUUGCUUUGAUUAAAUGAAUGCUUCUGCAAAUUUAUUUUCAAUGGGUAGCCGUUGUUGUUUGAUUUCCAUCUCUAGUAUUUGUCCAGUUGAUGCUCUGAUUAAAAUAAUUUUUCUAAAUAUUAAUUUACCAUGGGCAGCUCUCUCUUUUUGAUUUCCAUCUCCAGUUUCUUAAGGCUUCAUAAUUUUCAUGUACUGAAAAUAUUAAUAUGACUUGUUCAUUUUCAGACCUGCCAGCAAGCUGUGCUACUUCAGUCAUGUAACAGCCGUGCUCUAUAUCGCUUGGGUGAUGCCCAGCUGAGCCUCUACGACAAUGAUGACCCUACCUCUGCUAAUGCUAAGCAAACUCUCAAGGAUGCUGAGCUGAGCUAUCGAGCGAGCAUUGAGCUAGAGGGCUCCUCUUCCAUAGGUGGAGAGGCGCCGGUAAAGAUCACUGAACAACGGUGGUUUAAAGAACAGGAAGCGAAGAAAGAGGCAGAAAAGAAAACAGCUGCAGCAGGAGGAACUCCUCAGAAGACAGCUUCAUCGCAAGCUGGUAAGGCUGCAUCCCCUGCUGGGCGAGGUGGCAACCAAGCGGGAAGAGGUUCAUCCACACCAAGUGAGUGACUUAAGUUUUUCAUUACAGUAGCGUUUGUAAGACUUGCGUUUCCCUUAAAUUUAAGAAGUUGUGGAAGCCACCCUGAGUUGCCCCUGCCCCAAGAGCUGUUCAUGUCAUUUCCACUGGCAAAUUAAGCAAAUUAAGCUUCCUAUCGAGGAGAUCAAUACUAGGCGAUUUUGAAUGGCUGAUGAAGUAACGCUUGGAGGAAUAGCAUGAGGAUACCUUGAAAAUACAAGAAAAUACCUUUUAGAGGAUGAAAAUUACUGGGCAUGUAAACCUAUAUGAGACGCAGUGAUUCUCAACAGAUCCUGCCAUACGACUUUUUCAAAAGCCCUAAAGAUUUUCCCUUGCUCUUAGACACACACAUCAAGACAUGUGCCCCUCUUAUUAAAAGCUGCGUACUACACAGGAAGGUUCCGCAGAUUUCGACCAUAAAUUAAACUUGCCGAAGUAAAAUGCUUUCAGUUUUUUUUUUCUUACGUUUUACACUUUAUUUACCAGCACGUGGUAAACCUGCCGUGGGAGGACGAGGUAGCUCACCGUCCACUCGAGGUGGAACUGCUGCAGCAAAAGCACCAGCUGGUGGAACCCGCGGUAAGACAUCUCCGACUAAACCUGCUAGUACCGCAGUGAGGGGUGCUACCACAGGAGGGAGGGGUGCUGCCACAGGAGGGAGGGGUGCUGCCACAGGAGGGAGGGGUGCUGCCAGAGGAGGGAGCACUCUAACUACCAACAAACCAUCAGGUAUUUUACAUUACAUUACGUCUCAAAACCAAAGACUUCUCGAGCCCUUGCACCGUCGUUCCGAAUUUAAAGACUGUAUUUGAGACUGGUUUCGAGCUUUCUAUCCAGGAUUGAGCAUUGAAUUAUUUACCAGAUUUUAGUGGUUUUCAGUUACUGCUCUUCAGCCGUACGAACAUUCAACGUGUUACAAAUAAUCUUGGAAUUUUCAGCUUCUCAACGUUUUCCGGAUUUUUAGCCAUCACUUAUUGUACAGCUGUACCCACGUUUAACUUAUUUUUACAUAUGUUGCAUCACUCUCGUAUUUUUUAAUACUUUGAUUCAUUAAGCUGUCCACGUCUUUACUUCCAGCUCAUAAAUCAGGGACAUGCUCACCAACCAAGCCACUAGCCUUGUCCAAACAGUCAUCACAAACAAAGCCAGUCGCACAGAGCCCAACAACACCAUCCACGCCGGUCAAACCUGCCACGACCAACCCCACGACUGAACAGAAGCCCAGCGGACCACCCAACAAACCUUGCUACAACGCUCGUUUGGGAUUGGCCCGCGUGCUUAUGCGUAAGGGAAGUGACAGCAUCAGUGAAGCUCACAAGUUUUAUGAAGAAGUAAUCUCAAUGGCACCAUCAGUUCACGAUGCUUACAUUGAAUUAGCGGACUCUCUGAUCAAGUCUGACCCUAUGAAGGCUGUUGAUACUUACAGCAAGUACCCGUUUAAGGAGCCGCUGACGUUUGAUGAUGCAUACAUCUACGGUGAGAUGGUUCGUUUGUUGAUGAAGAAUCAGAAAUACGACGAUCCCAGACUGGGUCCAAGUAUGAUCUCGCUUGGUAAAGUAAUGGGUCUGACUGUCUUGGAGAAGUACGUUGAAACACUCGACAAGACUUUCAAGUAUAGUAAACUGCUUAAGCAGGUGUAUGCUGGAGUUCAUAGUAAAAGCGUCGAUGAUCCGGAUUUGCAGCAGUUUUUCAAGUUUAAAUGUUGGGUUUGAGAAUGCGAUUGCCAAAUAAGAAUACCUCUAGGCCCUCUAUGUCAUAACAUUGCUCCGGUAGAGAAUCGUAUUUUGACAGUUUUACAGUUGUAUUUCGAGAGUUGAGCAUAGGUACAUAGUAAACGUAUGUGAGGCUGGCCAUCCGCUUUAAAGACUUAUACUCCUCAAUCGUGAAACUAGAGCACAUUGACUCGUGCGUUGGGUUAAAUGUAUUUUCCUUCGAUGUACAUGGCACUGAACAGUGGUUGCAGUCAAGAGAUGUCAGUAGCACUUUCUCGAUUGCAAGUGUUUGGUGUGUGUAAGUGGGCCGCUGGUCAAUUUUUUUGUCGUUCUAGUUAUCUCGCAAUAGUCUUAAAAGAAACUGAACUUGUUUUUGAUCGAUAUUUAUUUUCUUGUAUUUAUUCACUGACAGUGUCUCAAAGGCACUGACAAAUGCCCUUACUUAAGCAUUGAUAUGUUACUCGUUUUGAUACAGCAUUGCCAUUUUAAGAAAAAAGUGCUAACUUAUUUUUUAUGUUUAUAAAUACUGAAAUAAAUGUUAUGGUGCUUUUAACCUAUCGUACUCACUCAUGCGCUUUCAGUACCGUCAGACGUUUGAAAAACCAAUAUACCAGUGUACUCGUGCAGUAUAAUUUUUUUAUAAUUUUGCUACUGUAUUCAGUAUAAAGACAGAAGGAAAAUAAUUACCAAGAGAAUUUAGCCUCACCUUAGAAGCUGGC